AUGACGUCACCCUCUCAACGCCGUAUAAAACUGGAAAAUGAAACUGGAGAAGAACUGUUCUUAGGAACAUGCGACAGUAGAGGUGUUGGUGGAGUUGGCGUCCUCGUCAACAUGAGAACGGCAAAGAACAUCGACUCUUUCGAACAGCUUACGACCCGAAUCGGACGUCUGCGGAUGAGAGGAUAUGGUCCAACACCAGCUUUGACUACCUUCAUCGCUUACGCUCCAACAUCAAGCUACGAAGAAGAAGUCGAAGCUUUCUAUAUGGACCUGGAGAAAUUCUACCGAGAAGAUCAUGCCUUUUUACAAGGUCAUAAUUGGCGAUUUCAACGCUAA